CCUCCUCUCCCUCCCCUUUCGGGGUGUGUUCAAGACUGCAGGCUAUCAUUUGUGUCAUUUUGUGGCGAGACUCUUGUGAAACACCUGCUCACAACAGCCCUUCUGUUCAUUUUUUUUCAAUAAAGAUGCAGAAGUGGGUUGUGAUCUGCUGGGCCGUCCUGGCUGUGGUUGGUGCUGAUGUGUGUCCAGAUGGAGGGCUGUGUAAAGAAGGGGAAACCUGCUGCAACAGCCCAGCAAACGGUUACGGGUGUUGCCGAUAUGAAAACGCUGAGUGCUGUGAUGAUCACAUCCACUGCUGUCCAGAGGGCACAGUCUGUAAUAAAGCCUUAUCUGGCUGUAUUAAUACUACCCUGACCAUCCCCUGGGUGAAAAGAACCCCUGCUGAUCAGCCCAAAGUCUCUAAAUCCUUCAGGAUGAUCAAGACAUACGAGAGUCAGGAAGACGACAACAUCUGCCCCGACCUGUCACGAUGCCCUGCUGAGUAUUCCUGUCUGAAGGGUUUGACGAAGUUUGGCUGCUGUCCUCUAACUCAGGGAAUCUCCUGCCCCGAUGGCAAACACUGCUGCCCUGAGGGCCACGACUGCAGCUCAGACAGCCGAGGCUGCAUCAAAAAAGAGCUCGUGGUUACAGUUCUAUGCAGCGAUGGCAUUUCAGAGUGCCCAGAUGGUACCACCUGCUGUGAAACAAAUGACGGGAAAUGGGCAUGCUGUCCACUAUCAAAGGCCGUGUGCUGCGCUGACAAGAUACACUGCUGCUCUGAAGGGACCACAUGUGAUGUCGAGCAUUCCAAAUGCAUUGACUCUUCUACCAAGAAAGAGAUGCCAAUGUGGGCAAAGCUCCCUGCCAGAGUGAGAGCAGCUUGGGAAAACCAGAAAGAAGAAGUGCCAGUUGAAGCAGUGAAUAACACAGGAACAGAAAACGCCCCCAAAGUCACCACAGCCAAUCUGCUUCCUCCAUCUGCAAACGAUGUCCCAUGUGACGAUACAUCGGCCUGUCCUGAUGGCACCACCUGCUGUAAAACCCAAGAAGGUGGCUGGGCCUGCUGUCCAAUGCCAGAGGCUGUUUGUUGUGACGACUUCAUACACUGUUGUCCCAAAGGGAAGAAAUGUAACUUGGAGGCUCAAACCUGUGAAGACGGCCUGAUCUCUGUGCCCUGGGCCAAGAAGGUUCCUGCAAUCAUAAAGCAGAAGGUAGAGGUGAAGGAUGUUCCAUGUGACGAUACAUCAGCCUGUCCUGAUGGCACCACCUGCUGUAAAACCCAGGAAGGUGGCUGGGCCUGCUGUCCAAUGCCAGAGGCUGUUUGUUGUGACGACUUCAUACACUGUUGUCCCAAAGGGAAGAAAUGUAACUUGGAGGCUCAAACCUGUGAAGACGGCCUGAUCUCUGUGCCCUGGGCCAAGAUUCCUGCAAUCAUAAAGCAGAAGGUAGAGGUGAAGGAUGUUCCAUGUGACGAUACAUCAGCCUGUCCUGAUGGCACCACCUGCUGUAAAACCCAGGAAGGUGGCUGGGCCUGCUGUCCAAUGCCAGAGGCUGUUUGUUGUGAAGACUUCAUACACUGUUGUCCCAAAGGGAAGAAAUGUAACUUGGAGGCUCAAACCUGUGAAGACGGCCUGAUCUCUGUGCCCUGGGCCAAGAAGGUUCCUGCAAUCAUAAAGCAGAAGGUAGAGGUGAAGGAUGUUCCAUGUGACGAUACAUCAGCCUGUCCUGAUGGCACCACCUGCUGUAAAACCCAGGAAGGUGGCUGGGCCUGCUGUCCAAUGCCAGAGGCUGUUUGUUGUGACGACUUCAUACACUGUUGUCCCAAAGGGAAGAAAUGUAACUUGGAGGCUCAAACCUGUGAAGACGGCCUGAUCUCUGUGCCCUGGGCCAAGAAGCUUCCUGCAAUCAUAAAGCAGAAGGUAGAGGUGAAGGAUGUUCCAUGUGACGAUACAUCAGCCUGUCCUGAUGGCACCACCUGCUGUAAAACCCAAGAAGGUGGCUGGGCCUGCUGUCCAAUGCCAGAGGCUGUUUGUUGUGAAGACUUCAUACACUGUUGUCCCAAAGGGAAGAAAUGUAACUUGGAGGCUCAAACCUGUGAAGACGGCCUGAUCUCUGUGCCCUGGGCCAAGAAGGUUCCUGCAAUCAUAAAGCAGAAGGUAGAGGUGAAGGAUGUUCCAUGUGACGAUACAUCAGCCUGUCCUGAUGGCACCACCUGCUGUAAAACCCAGGAAGGUGGCUGGGCCUGCUGUCCAAUGCCAGAGGCUGUUUGUUGUGAAGACUUCAUACACUGUUGUCCCAAAGGGAAGAAAUGUAACUUGGAGGCUCAAACCUGUGAAGACGGCCUGAUCUCUGUGCCCUGGGCCAAGAAGGUUCCUGCAAUCAUAAAGCAGAAGGUAGAGGUGAAGGAUGUUCCAUGUGACGAUACAUCAGCCUGUCCUGAUGGCACCACCUGCUGUAAAACCCAAGAAGGUGGCUGGGCCUGCUGUCCAAUGCCAGAGGCUGUUUGUUGUGAGAUCAUACACUGUUGUCCCAAAGGGAAGAAAUGUAACUUGGAGGCUCAAACCUGUGAAGACGGCCUGAUCUCUGUGCCCUGGGCCAAGAAGGUUCCUGCAAUCAUAAAGCAGAAGGUAGAGGUGAAGGAUGUUCCAUGUGACGAUACAUCAGCCUGUCCUGAUGGCACCACCUGCUGUAAAACCCAAGAAGGUGGCUGGGCCUGCUGUCCAAUGCCAGAGGCUGUUUGUUGUGAAGACUUCAUACACUGUUGUCCCAAAGGGAAGAAAUGUAACUUGGAGGCUCAAACCUGUGAAGACGGCCUGAUCUCUGUGCCCUGGGCCAAGAUUCCUGCAAUCAUAAAGCAGAAGGUAGAGGUGAAGGAUGUUCCAUGUGACGAUACAUCAGCCUGUCCUGAUGGCACCACCUGCUGUAAAACCCAAGAAGGUGGCUGGGCCUGCUGUCCAAUGCCAGAGGCUGUUUGUUGUGAAGACUUCAUACACUGUUGUCCCAAAGGGAAGAAAUGUAACUUGGAGGCUCAAACCUGUGAAGACGGCCUGAUGUCUGUGCCCUGGGCCAAGAAGGUCCCUGCAAUCAUAAAGCAGAAGGUAGAGGUGAAGGAUGUUCCAUGUGACGAUACAUCAGCCUGUCCUGAUGGCACCACCUGCUGUAAAACCCAGGAAGGUGGCUGGGCCUGCUGUCCAAUGCCAGAGGCUGUUUGUUGUGAAGACUUCAUACACUGUUGUCCCAAAGGGAAGAAAUGUAACUUGGAGGCUCAAACCUGUGAAGACGGCCUGAUGUCUGUGCCCUGGGCCAAGAAGCUUCCUGCAAUCAUAAAGCAGAAGGCAGAGGAGAAGAAAGUUCCUUGUGAUCACACAGCAGCCUGUCCUGAUGGCACCACCUGCUGUAAAACCCAAGAAGGUCGCUGGGCCUGCUGUCCAUUGCCAGAGGCGGUCUGCUGCGACGAUCACAAACACUGCUGCCCGAGCGGCACCACCUGUGACCCGACCGCCGUGUCUUGCAAUGGCCCAUCAGGCUCAACUCCCAUGCUACAGAAGGUACCUGCGUUCACUACUGAAGCACCUACUACUGUGCAGCCUACAACUGAGAGUCCAACAACAAGCGCUAAAUCGGAGGAAGAGGACAAAGAAGAAGGCAUGAUUAACUGUGAUGCCCACACCAGCUGCCCUCAGUCGACCACCUGCUGCUACAUGAAGAAUUUUGAAAAGUGGGGCUGCUGUCCGCUGCCUGAGGCGGUGUGCUGUGAGGAUGGGAGUCACUGCUGUCCUAACCAGUAUAAAUGUGACAAUAGCCGCACGUCGUGCAUAAAAGGAGAAGUAGUGAUUCCAUGGUACACCAAAAUUCCAGCCAUUACCAGCGACGAGGCCGAGCCCUACUCUGUCCAGUGCGAAGGUGCAAGCCAGUGUCCUGAACAAACCAGCUGCUGCAAGCUGUUCACAGGCGAGUGGGGCUGCUGUCCACUCAAAAAUGCUGUUUGCUGUCCGGAUAAGGAGCACUGUUGCCCGCAGGGUUACACCUGUGACAUCUUAUCCAGAUCCUGCCAGAAGCUCAUCAUGAUGCAGCUGGAGAGAGUCCCACUGACACCGGUGUAUCUACUUGAGCCUCAACCCCAGCUCAGCCCAACAAAGCACAAAGACAUCACGUGCGAUGAACAGACCAAUUGCGGGCAUGAUGAAACUUGCUGCAGGACUUCUGCCACUUCCUGGGGCUGCUGUCCAUCUUCUAACGCGGUGUGCUGCAGCAACAUGAAGCACUGCUGCCCGACGGGGUACACCUGUACGGAAGAAAACUCCUGCAUCCAGAACUCCAAGCUUUACUGGCCCAACUGGCACGUGUUCCUCGCCAACAAAAAAAGAGCCCUAAUUGUGUGAAAACACCACCUCUAAACUGUUACUAGUUUUAGUUUUUGCAUAUAACGCACUAAUGGAGAAAGAAUUCUACGUUAAUUUCAAAAUGCUUUGUUUUUAAAUGACACUUUGAAAACGAUUUGCACCUCAGUUGCUAAGAUGUUUGCAAUCUUGAAGUUGAACAUUUUGGUCUGAAUGCACCUAAUUAUAUAGAUGACCGUGUGACUAAUGUAUUUAAGGAGUUAUCUUUGUUAUUCCAAGCACACUCAGUUUGUCACUUGAAACGCUACUCCAUCCACAAUAGAAGACAAUCGAAACACUCCACUUGUCAGUCAUCUGUUUCUUUAAGACUUGCUGCAGCUGCCUUCUGUUGAAAAGGUUAUUUCUUUAUCAAUAAUAGUCAAUCAGUCAAAACCUGAUUCAAUAUCUUUCAUCAUUCUGAACAUUCAGUCUGAUCAUUUAAUGAUUUUGUGGUGUAAUUACUCAUUAAAUCUUGGGUUCAUAAUUUUGUGCAUUGGAUUAGUAAUCUGUGUUAAUGAGGCAAAGGUGAAGAAAUUCAUGCUUGGGUGAUCUUACCCUGUCAAAGUGUCACAUUAUCCAUUAAAUCAAUAAAAAAGAAGUGACAUUAUUAAAA